UUAAAACAACUGUUCUAUACAAGAUAAAAAAAAUGUUAUAUCUAUGAAAUGUAAUUGACGAAUGGCCGGGUUUCGAACAUAUUAGAUGAACCAAGCUUGAACAUUGCAAAUACCUCCACGUCAUUCUUAUAUAGAAUCGGAAAUAUCCGUUGACUUAGGUAACAAGAUCUAGAAUCUAGGGUGAAGAUCUAGCUGAAUGGUGGACUUUACGAACUAAAGAUUUCAGAAUGGAUUUAUAUCUAGAAGAAUGUAUAGACCUGUCUAGAUUUAUUAUUGAACCAGUGGCACAAAUCUAUGAUUACUCUUGCUUGCUUUUAAAACUAUAUCUUCAAGUCAUCCAGUUUGUCAUCGUAAUAUAUUUCUGUCACCUCAUAGCAGUGUCUUUGUUUACAUUGGGGAAAAAUGCACUUAGAUAUGUGCCAGAUUUUUCAUUCAUCGCUUCGCAUAAACAAUAUCAGCUGAGAAAUGAAGAAAUUCAAGAUGGCAUCAAUAAUCUCGUCUGCCUCCAGGAUUCGAAUACGGUGUGCACGAAAAAUCUAAACCACCAAAAUUUUAUCCCGAUGAAAAAUUUCAGAAUGGCCGACCUGCCAAAAGGUUUUCAGACCAUUGAUCUGUACAACUCCAUUGUUAAUUUUAGCAAGCUAGUGGUCAAGAUAGUGGUGGCAAGUUUCAGUAAAGACAGAUGCCCAGGUCUCAACCUCAUGGAUUAUGACCUCGACCCUAACGACAGGGGAAUGAAUGGCAGUGGACAUUUCUGGGAUAUUUCAAAAUGUAGGUGGCACGAGUCGCCAUGUCCUUGUAGCGCGUGCAGAGCAGAUGGGACUCGGAGUCAAGGUUGGGGAGAGCUGCAUGUCUUUACGGCUAAUCACGUGGUUUGCAACAACGAGGAGGCGUGGCAAACGAAAAUCUACUAUGGUUAUGACGGUAACUGUCAAUACUCUCCAGAAAUUCUGGUGGGUUACCAGGUGGUGCAGAGUAGCGAGAAAGACGACACUUGCGAACUGGUAGUCAUCACGCACGACAGAGUUUUCUUGGAUAAGGUCAAGUCGCAGAUUGACACUUGCAUGAAAACCAGCCGCGCCAUUUCAGACCUUGAGAUGGUGACCCUGCUUCAAAAGGGCAAAUACCUGACCAUUAUUAUCUCCCAUCCUCACGGCUUCGAGAAACAGGUCAGCAUCGGCUUCUCCAAGGGCCGAAGUGUCGUUCAAAAUGACAGAGGCUCCACGGUAGGAGUCAAGUACUACUACGACACGCCCACUUGCCCUGGGAGCAGCGGGGCGCCCGUUUUCGUAGUGGGAAAGGAGAGGUCAACUUUGCGCUACCCACCCCACGUGUCCGGAAACGUCAAGAGGAAUCGAAACUUCAGCGGCACCGGCCAGGAGCGGAAUGAGCCGAUAGGAUUCUGGACCAACUUGAAAAACUCAGCUGUGGUUUUUAUCCUUAGUAGGCCAUUCUCCGUUCGUGAGAAACAUUUGUUGAUCAUUAAUGUCAUUUUUGUGAAGUUGAAACGAUGUGUCUAUUGGAUCAGGAACAUAUUGUUUUAGAGUCUAGACUCUCUAGCUCAGCGGUUCUCAACCUUUUAAGCUCGGCGACCCCUUUUUACAAUUCCUCACUUUUGCCGCGACCCCCCACCCUCAAACACACACAGAGCAAUAGAAGAAUAGACAAAAACAAUCCAUAUUUUCCAGGGUCUUAGGCGACCCCUGGCAAAUCGUUAAUCGACCCCAAAAGGGGUCGCGACCCACAGGUUAAGAACCCCUGCUAGCUGGAUCAAGUUGUUUUUAGACAUAGACUGACAUUUAUCAUUCAUUUAUGCCAGAAUGAAUAAAGUAAAAGUUAAGUAUCCAUUUCGGACCUUGCGAUCUGUAGGGCGGACGAUGUAAAAGUCAUCUGUUUCUAUGGCCCACGGUUAACGAGCGUGUCAUGAGGCAGGCAUAAAACGACCAACUGCCUUUUACUUUUCACAAUUUCUCUCAGGUUCCCUUUUGAGCUGGAUGGACUCAGGAGCGUCCUAAAUAUCCCGAAAUUCAAAAUCCUAGUCUGCACCAAGAUUCGAACCCGUCUCCCCUCGGUUAGGAAGCCUAGCAAUUUAUCCCUCAGCCACCAUGCCCCUAGUCUACAAUAUAUCUCGUAUUGAAGAUGUUCAUACAUGAAGGCCAGUACGUUAAUAGCAAAUUCUAGUGUGGGGGGGGGGGUGUUAAAGUUAUAUGAUUUUUUUUCUGUACUUUUUAGCAUCCCAAGAAUAAAUUGUCCAAGCUCUUCCGUUUAUAAGUUUAAUUUAGUUGGCAACUUUUAUAAGCUUUCGUAACGUUAUUUAACCCUUUAAACGCGUGUGGUAGUUUAGCCUCUAAACUCUAAACACUAAGAUUGUAAUUCCAUUUUGUAUGCACUCAUUGUAAAAAAACAAUUGCACUUAAAGGGUUAAUCGAUAUAUUUCAGCAAUGAAUAUCAUUGCGAUCAGGGUCGUGCAUAGGAAUAAACAGACUAGGCAGCCUAGCACAGGACUCCAAUAAUUUAUUUUUAGAGAAACAAUUGCGAAACUUGGAUCAAAUCUCAAAAGUAGCAGGACUCUUUGUCUCUGUGUCUACUAGCCUAGUUCUAAUAAGGUCUCUAUUAUGAUGCAAGGUUUAUUCGCCAAUGUUUAGAUCUACUUGUUAGACUGCACAUAAGUUAGAAGAGCAUUGUGUCUUUUGGUGAAGUGUCGAAACGAGAAGCACAUUAGUGCUAUUGGUGCUAUCUGAAGUUAACGUAUUGGCUGAUUUAGUAUUAUUAUUAUAGCUUUUAUAUAGCGCUACUUUCAUGCUUAUAGCAUGCUCAGAGCGCUUCGGUCCAAUCUCAUUUGUGGACCAGUGGGGAGGGGGAAGGGGUAUCUAGGAGUUGGUUUUCCGUGCUGCCUUCAGUAAACACAACUCUGCCCGAGUCGGGUGUCGAACCUCGAGCCCCCUUCAAGCGUACUUGGCCCUCGACCACGCUUCCCACAAGUUUCCCAUUUAGACAUAGAUACAAGACCUUUUUUUUUUCAUUGCGUAUUUAUCUGUCUUAAUUUUUUUGUUUUUCUAUUGCAUUUGGGGCCACCCUGUUCACUUCGCUUAGGGCCUCCAAUUACAUAAGGCCGGGCUUUUAAUUGCGAUCUAAGAAUAACGAUAUUAUCAGGUGAACUGUUUUAUGCCCCAAAGUGCUGUUGUUGGCUGGGUAUCACCACAAGUCAAAGAAGAUAACCUAUACACAGAGGAGUAGUGGGAAGAGGGGCACGAUGCCCCGGGCGCCACACGCAGAGAGGCACCAAAAAAUACAAAUUAUUGUAGAUAUUUUAGUUAGGUGAUACAUUCUGAGGUAGUUUGUAUUAUAUCAUUAUUAAAUUAUUUUUUUUUCAUUUAUAAGCCUAUAUUUCUAUGUGAUGUUCAUGGGAGUCGGGAGGACGCCAGAAAACUUUCUCGAUCCGGACGCACGUUUCUUUAACUACGCCUCUGCCUAAGCAUGUGGAAUAUUUAAGACUAUUUUCUUCAUUAUAAGAAUUGUAAUUACUAUAUAUAUAUAUAUAGGCCUACAUUAAUAGUUAUUGGCAUUACAUUUUCAUAACAUGUGAGUUCCUUGUUUGAAAUGAAGCUGUUAACUGCCAACAACGAGAGUUUUAACAAUCUCAAGAUUAAUCUUUUUUUUUUUUUUUUGUUAAAUGCCUACUUUAAAUGUAUUUUCAUUUGUGAAUUUAAUAAUUCAUUUUUUUUUUUUGGUGAUAUUCUAUCAAGCAUAUGUCAUCACUGACCUCUAUUUCAUUCGUUUGUUAAAUUAAUCAACGUAUAAUCUUUUUAUGCUUUUACAAUUAUUUCUCUUUUUACAAGAAAAAACAAAUCGGUGAUACUCAGUUUAUGUAAAUAUUGACAUGUAUUAACGUCUUAAAUUAUUUCACAGGACGUCAAAAGCAUUUUUUAUUUCAGUGAGUGCUUUGUCUAGGUCCAGAACGUUUGAAUCUUGUUAUACUGUUUCCACUAUCACGUGACUUCACUGAGACACACAGAAGUACAAAGCAUUGCAUUCAUAAUUUAUUUUUUAACGCAUCUCAUAUCAAACGUAACAAAAUACUGGAGGUGUUCAUGUAUAGCAGGAAAACUAUAAAUAGUUCGCUUGUUGGUGUAUCCGGCGUAUAAAAUCUAGAACUUGUUGAUCAGCUAUGUUUGUUUUUUUAAAGUUAGAGCCUAUGAUGAUUGUUAUGCACUGUUUAGCACUGCAGAAUCAUUUUUUUUAAAGCACAAACACAGACCUAUAUAUAUUAUAUAUAGAAUGGAAAAAGGAAACACAUUGUUAUCCGUUGAUGAUCAGCUCACAGACACACACACACACACACAUACAUAUAUAUAUAUAUGUAUAUAUAGAUAGAUAGAUAUAGAUAUAUAUAUAUAUAUAUAUAUAUAGAGAGAGAGAGAUAGAUAUAUAGAUAUAUAUAUAUCUACAGAGAGAGAGAGAAAGAGAGAUUUAUGUUUUUUUUUAGCUGUAAGGGGAGUCUAAGAAAGUAAUGAUCUUUAGUUUUCAAAGUUUAGAAAUAAUGCAAUCCCAUUUUUGCGCAUUUUAAAUAGAAUAGGCUAUUAAUCACAGAACUAUAUGUUUACGCAAAUCUAUGAUAUAAAGCCAUUUCCUGAUGGCUUCAAUUGAGAUACUUUUUCAAAAAUACUAGAUCGAAGUAAUUCAAGCCUGUAGAUUGUAAUUAUAUUAUGAUUUUAGCUUGUGCAUUUAAAUAAAUUGAUUACCUACUACCUAGAUCUUUCGAGAUUAUGUAUCUAAAAAUUGUAUAAUAAUAAUUCUGAUCUGAGACGAGAGUGCUCUUAUUUUCGAUGUUCAGUUGUAUAGGUUAGGGUUAAAAAAAAACAACUCUCCUUCUUAUAACUAUGUUACAAAACUACACAUUGUUUCAACUUUUUAAAUGUUUUUCACGACAUUUUUGUGUGUAGUGUUAUGAAAUCUCCAUGUCCAGUCUUGGUAUAAUAUAUAUAUAUAUAUAGGUCUGUGAUCACAAACUAAUGUUCAUGUCCAAACAUUAGAAUUUCACCUUAUGACAUAACUUUUUUACAGGCAAACGGAGAUUCGAUACGAAUAUCAACUCUCUGGCAUUGAGAUAUUGUUGAAAUAUUGUUAAAAUUAAAGGCAAUUUAAGCUCAA